AUGUCAUUCGAGCUGUCGCAGGGCUUGAGCCUGCUGCCUGCCAGCCCGUUGCCUGGCUUCCCCGACGUGCUCGUCGGGACACAGGAAGAUGGUGCAGAUGUGCUUCUCGGAAACAACACGUUGCAGGUCGCCGCUGUGGUCAACUGCGCGCUUGAAGACUGGUUGUACAAGGUCCGCAACGGCUCUUGCGGUGCUGCAGCGGCAUCCCGGCUUCCGGAGAUUGAAGCGUCAGUCAGAGUGCUGCCGCACGCGGGUGGCGUCGCACUUGGAGACAUCUCUGGGAUCAGGUACUGCGCGCUUCCGGCUAGAGAUCGGGAUCGAGCAGAGCCGAUCAUCAUCGAUGGCGAGGUGGCAGUGCCAGGCUUGGAGCCAUAUGACAUGGGCCAGCACCUGCCAGCAGCGGUGGCUUUUCUGCGAGAUCAGGUCGCUGCAGGCCGGAAGGUGCUCAUCCAUUGCCUGCGGGGUGAAAACCGUGCCGGGGCGGUGGCGGCUGCUUUCCUCGCGGCGGAGGGAGCGUUGCCCGAGGAGGCCGUGCAGAAGGUGCGCUUCAAAGCCCUGCUCGACUUUUGUGAGAGGCUCCGCUCUGAGCCUGUGAGCGUGAACUCCUCUGGCGUCUACUUCGUGCGAAGUUCCCAGGGCCGCUCCUUGGAGCUAUGCCAGGUGCGCGAAGCACGUGGAACCUUUGCGCUUUCCAACCGAGCCUUCGUGGAGCAGGCGCGGCUGCGCUUGCAGCAUCCUUCCGCCUCAGUGCCUUCCCCUCAUCAAGAACUUCCCUGA